CUCCCAUCCUCCCAACAGCUCCAAUGGCAACUCGGAUCCAUGGCCAUGUUCCUUCACUUCGGACCCAACACAUUCACCAACUCCGAAUGGGGCACCGGAAAAGCUAACCCAUCCGUUUUCAACCCGACCCAUCUCAACGCAAGUCAAUGGGUCCAAAUCGCUAAAGACUCAGGCUUUUCCCGCGUUAUCCUCACCGCAAAGCACCACGACGGAUUCUGUCUCUGGCCUAGCGAAUACACUGAUUACUCCGUCAAAUCGAGCUCAUGGAGAAAUGGAACCGGCGAUGUAGUGGCGGAGCUAGCUGCUGCGGCGGCGGAAGCUGGAAUUGGACUUGGUCUUUAUCUUUCUCCAUGGGAUCGUCAUGAUCAGAGUUAUGGCAAGACAUUGGAGUAUAACGAGUUUUAUCUGAGUCAAAUGACUGAGUUAUUAACAAAGUAUGGAGAGAUUAAAGAAGUUUGGUUAGAUGGAGCUAAAGGAGAAGGAGAGAAAGAUAUGGAGUAUUUCUUUGAUACUUGGUUUAGUUUGAUCCAUCAGCUUCAGCCUAAAGCUGUUAUAUUCUCCGACGCCGGUCCUGAUGUCCGGUGGAUUGGUGAUGAAGCUGGUCUUGCUGGGUCUACUUGCUGGUCACUCUUUAACCGAACCAAUGCCAAGAUUGGUGACACUGAUCCUCUGUAUUCUCAGGAAGGUGAUAAAUUUGGGCAAGAUUGGGUACCAGCGGAAUGUGAUGUAUCGAUUCGACCUGGUUGGUUUUGGCAUGCGUUGGAGUCGCCUAAACCGGCUGUUCAGCUUUUGGAUAUAUACUAUAACUCGGUUGGAAGAAACUGUCUCUUCCUGCUUAAUGUGCCUCCUAAUUCUUCAGGAUUGAUAUCUGAGCAAGACAUCAAGGUUCUUGAGGAGUUUCGCGAAAUGAAACACUCUAUUUUCUCGAAUAAUCUCGCCCGUAAAGCAGUAGUUAACUCGAGCAGUAUUCGUGGCGGUCAAAGUUCGCAGUUUGGUCCUAUGAAUGUUUUGGAAGAAGGGUUAGACAAGUAUUGGGCGCCAGAGGAGAAUCAAAAGAAAUGGGUAUUGUACUUUGAGUUUGAAGAUCCGGUUAGUUUCAAUGUAUUGGAAAUUCAAGAACCGAUCCAAAUGGGUCAAAGGAUCGCGUCUUUCCAUCUCGAAACAUGGAAGACUGGAAGCGGAAAGUGGGAGAGAGUUGUGAGCGGCACUACGGUUGGGAACAAAAGGCUUUUACGAUUUCUGAAGGUUGAGUCACGGUCUCUAAAGCUUGUGGUGGACAAAGCGAGGACCGACCCUCUUAUAUCCUACCUUGGAAUCUACAUGGACAAGUUUUCGGUGUCGAGUAGAAACUCAACAAAGAUAACAAUCACAAGGACACUAAAGGAAGAGCAACAACUACAUGAUUUAGUUUGUUCUCGCUGCCAGAGAGUCCUUCCUUCAGAUAACAAUGGCCUUGUUUCUUCUUCAUUUUGCAAAUUCUGCAAAUCAAAAGAACCAAAACUUCUCUAUCGGAUUCUCAUGUCUAUAGCAACAGAUACAUCAGUGAAAACUGUGAUCUGUUUUGAUAGAGCUGCCACUGUUCUCUUUGGUUGUUCAGCUGAUGAGUUCUUCCACUUCACUAAACUCAAUCCAUUAGCCGCAUCAAUGGUGAAUCAGGUCUUUGAUGGAGAAAUGCUAAGGAUGACAUUAACUCGGCCUCACAACCGAAACGCGCAACACAUGAGAGUGACAUCAAUUGUUCCUUUAAGAUCAGGAUUUCAGCCUGCAAUUGUAACUUUGAGACAUAUUUGCACAAAGAAUGCUUCUUUAGGGAAUUGUUCUACAACAAAUCACAGUUCCUAAUGUUGGAGUAUACAUAUAAAUGCUACUAUCACUAGUUGUUUGAUAUCUUUUCUACACAUUAUUUUGUCCGAAAUACUCUUAAGUAGUUGUUAAGUUCCUCCUUGGAUUAAGUUCUAACUUGGUUGUUAGAAAAUGACUUAAUAUUUGAUGUGGAAACUUUAAUCAAGUCUCUCCUAAAGU